UAAAAGCGAGAGCUGGCGGCGUGUGGCCCCGGGGGCGCCGGCGAUAUCGCACGGGGAGCUGCGGCCGGGGGGCGUCUGGGAGAGAGUGACCCAGUUGAAGGAGCUGCCCGCCAGUCGGCGGCCGACCAACGACCGGCUUAAUCCUAUCUUUCUCUCAAAAAUCGCCGUCGCGAACCAAUCAAUCCCCAAUCAUAACAAUCACCGCGACAUGCGACAUUAUUCCUCGUUUUUUCACCAUCUCAGGAGCCAGAGAUUUCACCAAAUGCCAGUGGACCCAACGCUUGAUUAAUGGGAUCGAGGAGGACCAUGCCUUGGGCCGUCCUCGUGGGCAACGUGCUCCUGUGGUGGUGCACCGUCUCAGGCUCGGGACCUGGAGGACGUACCAAUCGCUGGAGGAGCCACGAGGCUGCAUCUGCUACAGUCUCCGGAUAUAAAAUCAACCCCAAGCCGUGCAGGGUGGACUCCAAAGAGGGCACGUGCAUGUUCGUGUUCGAGUGCAUAAAGUCUGGCGGUGUGCACGUGGGGAUGUGCGUGGAGGCUUUCAUGUUCGGCUCGUGUUGCGCGCCUCGUAAUUCGACGUCAUCGGGAGGGACAGAGGAGCACUUUGAGCAGCCUCAAGUUCUGUUCACGGCUUCUACGAACAGCGAGGUAGUCAUCAGGCCUUCUUCUCAACACAGUAGCCACACAGGAGCUGGAAGACCUUCUUCAUUGGAAACCACCAUGCCAGCAAACCCAACGUACUACUCUUCGAAACACAGCCUGAGGCCGAUGAGUACCGACGAGGGGAACGUUGCCAUUGCCGGGCCUAGUGCCGCCUGGCAAUUUACCACAGAACCGGACUUUAUCACCAAAGUGAAGAGGCCCAAUAGUCACAAGCCGGCCGAACCGAAUAAGCCCACGAAAAAACCUGUUCACAACUUAUCAAAAUAUUCCUUGAAACCAGUGAAAGCAACUGCGUCCACUACUACGACUACCACGACGAGUAAUUUUGAUGGAUUUUCCCAAUCGAUAUCGAUGUCUACCACUUCGUUUGACAAUCUUAUAGAGGACCAGAAUCUUCGCAAAUUUGAGUGUGGUAUACCAAAAAUGUUCUCCAAAGCACAGACUCGCAUUGUAGGUGGCAAAAAUGCACCCUUUGGAAAAUGGCCAUGGCAAGUAUCAGUUCGACGAACAUCAUUCUUUGGCUUUUCCAGCACACACAGAUGCGGAGGAGCUAUCCUGAGCGAAAUCUGGAUAGCCACAGCAGGACACUGCGUGGAUGACCUCCUCACAUCCCAGAUUCGCAUCCGCGUGGGCGAGUACGACUUCUCCACCGUCCAGGAGUCCUACCCAUACGUUGAACGAUCCGUUACACGCAAGGUCGUCCACCCCAAGUACAACUUCUCCACGUACGAGUACGACCUGGCCCUGGUCCAGCUGGAAAAGGAGCUGGACUUCGCGCCGCACAUCUCCCCCAUCUGUCUACCUCCAUCCGACGACUCCCUGGUGGGACACAACGGUACAGUGACCGGUUGGGGACGCCUCAGCGAAGGAGGGACCCUGCCAAGUGUGUUACAGGAAGUCCAGGUGCCUAUAGUCAGCAACAACUAUUGCAAAAGCAUGUUCUUGAGAGCGGGACGCCAUGAAAUCAUCCCCGAUGUGUUUCUGUGCGCGGGACAUGAAGGUGGAGGAAGGGACUCGUGCCAGGGAGACUCUGGAGGUCCGCUACAGGUUAAAGGGCAGGAUGGGAGGUAUUUUCUAGCUGGUAUUAUUUCGUGGGGUAUCGGAUGCGCGGAAGCUAAUUUGCCUGGAGUUUGUACGCGCAUCUCCAAGUUCGUGCCGUGGAUUUUGAAGUACGUCACGUGAAAAAAAAAGAAGUGUGUAAAGAAAAAGACUCGUUUUUUAAUUAUGUCUAUAUUGUAUUUAUUUAAAAACAAAAGAACGCUUAAUAAUAAUAA